AUCUUGUUUUUAGUUGAUAAAUCGCUGGCUGCUGGUAUGUAGCUGUGGAUUUUGAAACCCGUCCACUUUCCUUCUUUUGCGGUUUGUUUAUUUAUUGUUUUGAAAUCUUAUUUAUGCUGAUUAUUCUGCAAGUCAGCAAGUAUCCGAUGUUGGAAUUCUGACUAUUCGGGCGUUGAUUCCAGAUUUUUCAUUUAUCAGCCCGACCUGACUGUCUUUUGAUUGUAUUGGUAUCAUUCUGGAGCGUGCUUCUGAGUUCUCUUUUUGAUCAUCAUGGAAGCUAUUGCUAAACACGAUUUUAACGCCACCGCCGAUGAUGAACUAAGUUUCCGACGAGGACAGUUGUUGAAGGUACUCAACAUGGACGAUGAUCAGAACUGGUACAGAGCGGAAUUAGAAGGACGGGAAGGCCUCAUUCCCAGUAACUACAUUGAGAUGAAGCCCCACGAGUGGUACAUGGGCCGGCUCAGUCGGGCGGAUGCGGCCAGAUUGCUGAAGAAGCAGGCCCACGAUGGGGCAUUCUUAAUACGGGCCAGUGAAUCGUCGCCGGGAGACUUCUCACUGUCUGUCAAAUGUGGCGAGGAUGCGCAGCAUUUCAAAGUCUUACGUGAUACCCAGGGCAAGUUCUUCUUAUGGGUCGUCAAGUUCAACUCGCUGAAUGAGCUGGUGGCCUAUCACCGUAAUUCUUCCGUCAGUCGGUCGAUUGAUUUGAAACUGCGUGAUAUGGAAUUAACGGAGCAUCUAGUGAUUGCCGAGUAUGAUUUCACGCCGCAGGAGCAGAACGAACUGGAAUUCCGGCGCGGUGAUGUGAUUCUGGUGCGUGAUCGCAACACCACGGGCUGGUGGAAGGGGGAACUGCGCGGCCGCUCCGGACUCUUUCCCUCCACCUACGUCCAACCGUAUCACAGCUGAAACCCGGACAAUGUUGUUGCACCGCAGAGGAUCUUGUGUAUUUUGUGUGCGUGUCCAAAUUCUGUGGGGGAAAUUAAUUUGGAGGGAAUUUUCGGAAGUUUUAUUUGCUAAAAUUUAACCCCGUUUUAUCUCAUCGGCCAUUGCCCAUUUUGUUGUAUAUCUUUCAUCUGUGGAGAUAUCUUCCUCCGUCCGCGCGCGGCUGGUUCACCGUGGCUCACCGGAAGGAAGAGGAUUUUUGGGGGGAAAUUUAACCUUUCAAGUUUUUAGUUUUUACCAUGGUUUGGUUGUGGGGAGAGGUGAUUUCUGCAUGUGUCCAUUUGCCCGCUUUUUAACCCGUGCCUGCAGUACGGUAAAUUUUUUUCUGCCAUUUCGGUGCCAUUUUGCUUUGCUGGUUUUAUGACUUUUCUCCGUGUGUUCGUUUUGUGCUUUCAUAUUUUUGCAUGAAGAUAGCGUUGUGUUAUUAAUCGGUUGCUAACUGUAACUGCUUGAAUGUUUUUGAUCGUAAAUUAUUUUUAAAUCUGUUAAAUUCUUUCCGCUGAUGGAUUAUUUGAUGGCUUGGAAAAUAGCCGAAGUGAAAACUGAAUUUGCUGG